AUGCUCUCCGAAGCAGCAAGCACGCCGGGGCCUGCAGCAGCAGCAGAAGCAGCAGCAGCAGCAGAAGCAGCAGGAGCAGCAGCAGCAGCAGCAACAGCUGCUGCCCCUAGCUGCUGCCCGCAGCUGCCAGCCGCCUUUGUCCGCAGCUUGAGCAUAAUCAGCAGCAGCAGCCUGAGCAGCAGCGCAAGCAGCAGCAGCAGCAGCAGCAGCAGCAGCAGCAGCAGCAGCAAGCGCGAGCUGCUGUGCGCGGCCUCGAAGCAGCUGGCGCGGCUGCUGUGGCAGCAGCAGCAAGAUGCUGUUGCUGCUGCUGCUGUCUGCAGAGAAUGCAUGCAGUUUGCUGCAGCAGACACGGAGCUGCAUGCGCUGCUGUGUCGGCUGUCUCUACAGCUCGGCCGCAUGCAGGAGGCCGAAGAGGCCCUUAGGACCAUCAGCAGCAGCAGCAGCAGCAGCAGCAGCAGCAGCAGCAGCAGCAGCAGCAGCACAGUUGCUGAGCUGCAGGUGCAUCUAAUAGCUGCUGCGCUGCAGCGCGGGCCCCACAGCCUGCAGGACUUGGGGCUGCAUGCAGUGCGGCUGGCGCAGCAGCAAAGUGUCUCCUUUGCUGCAGUUGAGGGGGCUUUGCUGCUGCUGCGGCAGCGGGGGCUGCUGCAGCAGUGCGAAGAGGUUUGCUUCCAGCUCAAGCAGCAGCAGCAGCAGCAGCAGCAGCAGCAGCAGCAGCAGCAGCAGCAGCAGGGGGGGCACAGCAGCAGCAAGGCGAUGUUCGCAGCGUACUGCGAAGGGCUCGUCUCCAAGUAA